CGGAAGUCCAUGCGCCAUUGGGAGGGCCGCAGAAGCUGCUCUGUGCCCUUGUUGCCGAGGGCCUCUUCCUGGGUCACUCCUGGAGCAGGGGCCGGACUGGGGCUGACACCCGGGCUCCCGCGUGGCCCUCUCGGCUCCUGUGUGACCUCCUCGCGGGCGGAAUGUGGCGAUUACGCCGGGCCGCCGUGGCCUGUGAGGUCUGCCAGUCCUUAGUGAAACAUAGCUCUGGAAUCAAAGGAAGCUUACCACUACAAAAACUGCAUCUGGUUUCACGAAGUAUUUAUCAUUCACAUCAUCCUACUCUAAAGCUUCAAAGACCCCAAUUCAGGACAUCAUUUCAUCAGUUCUCCUCUUUAACUAACCUUCCAUUACGUAAGUUGAAGCUUUCUCCGAUGAAGUAUGGCUACCAGCCUCGCAGGAAUUUUUGGCCAGCGCGAUUAGCUGCAAGACUCUUGAAACUUCGGUAUCUCAUACUAGGAUCUGCUGUUGGCGGUGGCUAUACAGCCAAAAAGACUUUUGAUCAGUGGAAAGAUAUGUUACCUGACCUUAGUGACUAUAAAUGGAUUGUGCCUGACAUUGUGUGGGAGAUUGAUGAGUACAUCGAUUUAGAGAAAAUUAGAAAAGCACUUCCUAAUUCAGACGACCUUGCAAAAUUGGCCCCUGACUUUGACAAAAUUGUUGAGAGCCUCAGUUUACUCAAGGACUUUUUCACCACAGGUCACAAAUUGGUUAGUGAAGUCAUAGGAGCUUCUGACCUACUUCUCUUGUUAGGUUCACCUGGAGAAACAGCAUUUAGAGCAACAGAUCAUGGAUCUGAAAGUGACAAGCAUUAUAGAAAGGGUCUGCUUGGUGAGCUCAUUCUCUUACAACAGCAAAUUCAAGAGCAUGAAGAGGAAGCGCACAGAGCCGCUGGCCAAUAUAGCACGAGCUAUGCCCAACAGAAGCGCAAGGUGACAGACAAAGAGAAAAUUGACCAGCUUCAAGAAGAACUUCUGCAUACUCAGUUAAAGUACCAGAGGAUCUUGGAACGGUUAGAAAAAGAGAACAAAGAAUUAAGAAAAUUAGUAUUACAGAAAGAUGACAAAGGCAUCCAUCACAGAAAGCUUAAGAAAUCCUUGAUUGACAUGUAUUCUGAAGUUCUUGAUGUCCUAUCUGAUUAUGACGCCAGCUACAACACACAAGAUCAUCUGCCAAGGGUUGUUGUGGUUGGAGAUCAGAGUGCUGGAAAAACUAGUGUGCUGGAAAUGAUUGCUCAAGCGCGGAUAUUCCCUCGAGGAUCCGGGGAGAUGAUGACACGUUCUCCUGUUAAGGUCACUCUGAGUGAAGGUCCUCACCACGUGGCUUUGUUUAAAGAUAGUUCCCGGGAGUUCGAUCUUACCAAAGAAGAGGAUCUUGCAGCAUUACGACAUGAAAUAGAACUCCGAAUGAGGAAGAAUGUGAAAGAAGGCUGUACUGUUAGCCCUGAGACCAUAUCCUUAAACGUGAAAGGCCCUGGGCUGCAGAGGAUGGUGCUUGUUGACUUACCAGGUGUGAUUAAUACUGUGACAUCAGGCAUGGCUCCUGACACAAAGGAAACUAUUUUCAGUAUCAGCAAAGCUUAUAUGCAGAAUCCUAAUGCCAUCAUACUAUGUAUUCAAGAUGGUUCUGUGGAUGCUGAACGCAGCAUCGUUACAGACUUGGUCAGCCAAAUGGACCCUCAUGGAAGGAGGACGAUAUUUGUUUUGACCAAAGUGGACCUGGCGGAAAGAAACGUGGCUAGCCCAAGCAGGAUUCAGCAGAUAAUUGAAGGAAAACUCUUCCCAAUGAAAGCUCUAGGUUAUUUUGCUGUUGUAACAGGAAAAGGAAACAGCUCUGAAAGCAUUGAGGCUAUAAGAGAAUAUGAAGAAGAAUUUUUUCAGAAUUCAAAACUCCUAAAGACGAGCAUGCUAAAGGCACAUCAAGUGACGACAAGAAAUUUAAGCCUGGCUGUAUCGGACUGCUUUUGGAAAAUGGUACGGGAGUCCGUUGAGCAACAGGCUGAUAGUUUCAAAGCAACACGUUUUAACCUUGAAACCGAAUGGAAGAAUAACUAUCCUCGCCUACGAGAACUUGAUCGGAAUGAACUAUUUGAAAAAGCUAAAAAUGAAAUCCUCGAUGAAGUCAUCAGUCUGAGCCAGGUUACACCAAAGCACUGGGAAGAGAUCCUUCAGCAGUCUUUGUGGGAAAGAGUAUCAACUCAUGUGAUUGAAAACAUCUAUCUUCCAGCUGCACAGACCAUGAAUUCAGGGACUUUUAAUACGACAGUGGAUAUCAAGCUUAAACAGUGGACUGAUAAACAGCUUCCUAAUAAAGCAGUAGAGGUUGCUUGGGAGACCCUGCAAGAAGAAUUUUCCCGCUUCAUGACAGAACCGAAAGGGAAAGAGCAUGAUGACAUAUUUGAUAAACUUAAAGAGGCUGUGAAGGAAGAAAGUAUUAAGCGCCACAAGUGGAAUGAUUUUGCAGAGGACAGCUUGAGGGUUAUCCAGCACAAUGCUUUAGAAGACCGGUCCAUAUCUGAUAAACAGCAGUGGGAUGCUGCCAUUUAUUUUAUGGAAGAAGCUCUUCAGGCUCGCCUCAAGGACACUGAAAAUGCAAUUGAAAACAUGAUAGGUCCAGACUGGAAAAAGAGAUGGUUAUACUGGAAGAACCGGACCCAAGAACAGUUUGUCCACAAUGAAACCAAAAACGAGCUGGAGAAGAUGCUGAAGUGUAACGAGGAGCACCCGGCCUACCUCGCAAGCGACGAGAUCACCACCGUGCGAAAGAACCUGGAGUCCCGAGGGGUAGAAGUGGACCCAAGCUUGAUUAAAGAUACUUGGCACCAAGUUUAUAGAAGACAUUUCUUAAAAACAGCUCUAAAUCAUUGUAACCUUUGUCGAAGAGGCUUUUACUACUACCAAAGGCAUUUUGUAGAUUCUGAGUUGGAAUGCAAUGAUGUCGUCCUGUUUUGGCGAAUACAGCGCAUGCUUGCUAUCACUGCAAAUACUCUAAGGCAGCAACUUACCAACACUGAAGUCAGGCGAUUAGAGAAAAACGUGAAAGAGGUGCUGGAAGACUUUGCUGAAGAUGGUGAGAAGAAGGUAAAGCUGCUCACUGGCAAACGAGUUCAGCUGGCCGAAGACCUCAAGAAAGUUCGAGAAAUUCAAGAAAAACUUGAUGCUUUUAUUGAAGCUCUUCAUCAAGAGAAAUAAAUGAAUCCUACUCAUAAUAUAAUCACCUCCGCAUACAUGUGAAGAAAGAAAACUACAAAGUCUUUUGUCCUGCCUCUUUUCCUUCUGCCUAUUCCACCUUUCUAAACAUGAAAUAAAGUCAUGGGAUAAAAAUAAUUUACACAUAUUAGCGGCACUUUGACCAUCAGUUGCCUUUGAAUGCAAGAAGAGUGGAAAUGGCAUUAAAAUCCUCUUUUAUCCUACUGAAGUGACAAAUUGACAUAAUACAAGUGGUGUGGCCGUUAGGUUGAGCCCUUGAAGAUAAGAAACGUGCUCUCCUGCUUGUCCCACUCGUGGUGGCGCUCGUUCACCUAACUCAUGAGCUGAUGUUACUCCGUGUCCGUUUCUUCUCUGGGGGAAAAAAUGCCAGGUGUUGUGAAAAGCUAUCCAUUGUAUAUAAAGUGACGGUACCCCGCUCCGUUGUUGUCUGUAUCUGUAAUGUUCUUUGUCCAGAAACUAUCUGAUUAUGAAAAUUCAGUCUGCAUUUAUCAUGUGAAAGAGAACUCGUAAACAGAAGAACACCUCAAGUGGGUGAAUUUGGAUUGCAACAAUUCCAUGCACGUUCAGUGCAAGAGAUCUCAACCUUGACAGCUCAGAGAGUGGCCUCAGGAGCUAAGUCAGCAGCAGCUUAUCUGUUUGCUUCAAUGGAUGUUUUUGCACUUUCUGUGUCCAUUUGAAAUUCAUUCAUUUUGGGUGUGGUAUAAGUGAGCCAGGUUUUCAGAUAACAAGGCAGGUUUUUUACCUGAUGACAGAGCUAUUGGAUUGAGACACAGGGUAGGAAAGACAAAGAAUAAUCAGGUGACUAGUUUUAUUUAGACCGCCAGGCAUUUCAGGUAGGCAGCAGGAAAAGGCUCUUUCAUAAGACUGCAUUUUCAGUAGAAAUUCUGUCAACGGUUAGAAUAAUGUUGACCAUCUCCCUCUUAGCUGAACCUCUAAAGAGAAAUGUAAAAUUGGAUUCAUUGUAGUUCAGUGACAAUACCUUCACGGCAUUUUUGUGUGUGUCAUAAAUAUGUUUUAUUGGCUAAAGGACUUUAAUGCCAAAAAGUAUAUACCAUUUUUGACUUCAGAUGUUUUUGUCAUUUAUCUCUGCUCCUUGCUUCUACGUCGUUAAGCCUUUAUUAUUCUAAUAAAAAUGCCCAUUGUUCGACAGUUUUUAUUUUAUAAUUUAUUUUUUUUUUUUGAAUUAUGUUUUGGUAACAGUUCCCUUGCCAUCCUGCCUUCUCCCCCCCCCCCACCCCCGCUAAUUUAGCAUCAAUGUAUUCUUCAUUGUGAUUUCUCUCAACAUCUGAUGACACUUAUAUACAGGGUUGGAAGGCUAUCAUAAAAUAUUUCAGAAAUCAAGAGUUCAGUGUAUAUUUGUUUCAUACUGUUUGAUAAGAAACGUAGAUCCGGUUUUAAACAGCUGGUAGCAGUGUACAUAGUUAUUGGGUGGGUGAGGAGUCUAGAACAUUUCAUGUGUCUUGGGUGAGGAGUCUAGAACAUUUCAUGUGUCUUUCAGCUCCAGGGCUAGUAGGGGAACAGCAAGGGAGUAGAGCACCUCCCCCCCGGUGUUCUGUGCCCAGUGUGGAGGUGACCUUGCUGGUUAACUCUCUCCAACCAGUGCUGCUUGGUGGUAACCCCUCAUUGAAGCAGACACCAUGUAAUCAUUAUUUUCGUAGUUGUAAAACGCAGCCACUUUACAACUACAAAUCUGUUUCUAAAGAAAUAGGACCGUGUUUAUUUGUAUGUGCUAUGGAUGGGGGGGAAAUGCCCUCAGCUGACUUUCUGUAGAUUUUCCCAAAGCUAAAGGCUGAUGUUAAGUCAGUCCUUUUAUCACAUCCCUUUGUAUAAAUUUAAGAAACGGGGGUGGGGUAUCUUCAUUUCUCUGAGAUCAGUAUCUGUAAUUUAAACAUAUAAAUAGCUGAUUAAAAUCCCAAAUAGGAGUCCAGACAUCCCCACAUCCCCCACAGGAAUAUGACUUCUUUCUUCUGUAGGCUGCAUAAUUCUUUUUUCCUUUUUAGCUGAUCUCAUUCUAAGCAUGCCUUCUUUUUAUUUUUUUUUCCUUGAAAGCUAGGUUGAUGCAGAUGUUAUUAAAAGAAAAAAUAAAAUUCAGAUUCUCGACAGUAAACCCUGUGUGUUGCGUCUGUAGUUCAGAAAUUACAAAUGAUUCACAUGUAAACAGAUGGGAGUUAAAUUCUCACUAGACCAGGAAUCCUUUGUUUUUUCAGGUCAGAAUUUGCAAAGAAGAGCAUGAACAAGGCUCUGUAUAGAAGACUGAACAACUGUACAUAGAUUCGAUCUAAAAGGUACUCAGUCAGGGUACCCAUUUUAGGGAUCCCACACUCGUAGGCAGUGCCCAGGAGGAAACAAGCGGUUCCCGCGGCCUCUCUGCUGAGUCAGCUGAGCUCUGGCUACAGGUGGAGCCAUCAGCCUUUCUUAGUAGCUUAACUAUGUUCUCUCCUCUUUGUUUUAUCCCCCUUUUCAGGCUUUCCUCCAGUGGACUCCUGCGCACAAAUAAUUUAGCCUCCAGGUACAAAUGAAUAGUGUAAAAAUGAGGUGGGAACAUUGCGGAGAGCGGUGCUUCCUAACCUAAUUUGGGAGUUUUACAUAUGAUGAAGAGAGAGUGUAGGCUUAAAGGAUAAAUUCCUUAGCUAGCUUAUAAUCUUAAAUCUAUUUAUUUUAGAUGUAUUUAUCUGCAGAAAGAGGUACAAUGUUUCAGUUUCCCAGUAAGAGGGAUCAAAGUAAUGCUUUUUAGCUCCAUGCUCUGAGCUCAUGUGUGCUAUAGCUUCAUGGUUCUUUAGCAGUAUAGAGAUAUGCUUGCAAAUAUACUCACUUUUGGAUGAUCAUGGCUGUGUUUAAAUAUUUAAAACUUAACCUUGUGUUUACUUGCUCACCGUGAAUGAACUUUGUAUUAUUUGUUAAAACCUUCACACUACAUGCAGAUGUUACUGCGGUUUAUAUUUUGCCUGUGCUUCAUCUAUGGUCAUUUGUGUAGGUUAGUAAUUAAAGUCAUUUAAAUCCUGUUCUAAUUCUGUAUAGGAGGGCAUCUUUUAAGUUUCCUCUGUAUUAAUGAGGGGCUGAGAGAGAGCGAGACCUUUGUAGCAGAACCAAAUUUAUGGUCUAGCAAGCCUCUUAAAGUGGCUCUUCUCUGAAUACUUCCAUUUCACAUGCUUCACAUUUCACAGCUGUAAUCCAUGGUCAAACAAUGCCUUUUUUUCAUACCUUAAUACUUGUCAAACAUUUUGGUAUUUUCUUUGAUAAAAUUCAUUAAAAAUGUCUUUUAAUUG